AAAAAAUGAACCCCAAGCCGACUCUAUUUCUCGUUUUUCUUCUUUUCGUUAAUCUAUUGUCUUGCGUAUUUGGACAGACCACCACCUACAAUAUUACUACUAUUGCUGGUGGUGGCACAGGAGAAGGCGGUCCAGCAAGUACUGCCUUUUUAUAUACGCCAAACAGUGUGGCAUUUGGUCUGAAAGGCGAAUUGUACAUUGCCGACGAUUAUAGAAUUCGUAAAAUAGAGAAUAAUACCAUUACAACUAUAGUAGGGAGUGCCAGUAAGGGCUUUAGUGGAGAUGGUGGGCUCUCCACUCUGGCUAAGGUGCAAAAUCCAACUGGCAUCGUUGUUGGCACUAGAGGUGAGAUUCUUUUUGUGGAUUCUGAUAGAAUUAGAAAGAUAGAGAAUGGUAUUAUUACAACCAUUGCUGGUACUGGUGAUUCAAGAUUUGGUGGAGAUGGUGAUUUAGCAACGAAGGCACAACUAAAUUCUCCUAGAGGUAUCGCGAUUAGUUCAACAGGUGAAAUUUAUAUUGCUGACACUUAUAACCAUAGAAUUCGUAGAAUUGCAUUGAAUGGUACCAUUAAUACUGUAGCAGGUACUGGUGAUUCAAGAUUUGGUGGAGAUGGUGAUUUAGCAACGAAGGCGCAACUAAAUUAUCCUAUGGGUAUCGCGAUUAGUUCAACAGGUGAAAUUUAUAUUGCUGACACUUUUAACGAAAGAAUUCGUAGAAUUGCAUUGAAUGGUACCAUUAAUACUAUAGCAGGUACUGGUGUCUUAGGACUUAGUGGAGAUGGUGAUUUAGCAACGAAGGCACAACUAAACACUCCUAGAGGAAUCGCGAUUAGUUCAACAGGUGAAAUUUAUUUUGCUGACACCAGUAACCAAAGAAUUCGUAGAAUUGCAUUGAAUGGUAUCAUUGAUACUAUAGCAGGUACUGGUGAUCCAAGAUUUGGUGGAGAUGGUGAUUUAGCAACGAAGGCACAACUAAAUUCUCCUAGAGGUAUCGCGAUUAGUUCAACAGGUGAAAUUUAUAUUGCUGACACUUAUAACCAAAGAAUUCGUAGAAUUGCAUUGAAUACUAAUAUUUCAACCUUUGCCGGUAGUGGGUUUGGAUAUAGUGGAUAUGUUGGAGAUGGUGGUUUAUCUACUGAUGCCCUAUUGAAUACACCCUUAUCUGUAGCUUGUAGUUCAAAUGGGGAAAUUUAUAUUGCUGACACUUAUAACCAUAGAAUUCGCAAAAUUUCACUUAAUAAUACCAUUACAACAAUUGCUGGUACUGGAGACAGUGGGUUUAGUGGUGAUGGUGGUUUGGCUAUCAAUGCAAGAUUAAGUUCACCUGCAGAUAUUGUUGUUAAUUCAAAUGGUGUAAUUUACUUUUCUGAUUACGAUAAUAACAGAAUUCGUAAAAUAGCAUCUAAUGGUAUUAUUACAACCGUUGUAGGAUCAGGUGUAAUUGGAAGUGGGGGCGAUGGUGGUUUAGCUAUUAAUGCCCAACUUAAUCGACCUUAUGGAAUUACAUUUAAUUCAAAUGCAGAAAUGUACAUUGUAGAAAGAAUGGGUAGCAGAAUUCGUAAAGUUGGUGUAAAUGGUAUUAUAACAACCGUUGCUGGAAGUGAUAUAGCAAGUGGGGGAACAACCAGCGUUGGUAGUUUGGCAACUAAAACUGUACUGAAUGCACCUUCAAAAAUUGUCAUUAACUCUAACAAUGAGAUAAUCUUUUCAGACUCGUUACACGGUAGAGUUCUUAAAAUUGGUUUAGAUGGUAUUAUUAGUGGAGUUGGAAAUAGUUUUCGUAUGCCCAUUGGUAUAGCAAUAGGUUCAGAUGGUGAAAUGUAUAUUGCUGAUACGAGCAUUUUUGCAAUACUUAAAAUUGACAAGAAAGGAGUGCUUUCAACUAUUGUAACUGGAUUGGAAUCUCCACGUGGCAUUACAUUAGAUUCAAAGGGUAAUAUUUAUGUCACAGAUUUAUAUGUUAUACAUAAAAUAACACCAGGUCAACAACCAUCUCCCUAUAAAUCCACUCAACCUGAUACUUCAAUGAAACCAACUCAGCCUGAUACUUCAAUGAAACCAACUCCUGGAAUAUCAAGCAAACCAACUCCUGGAAUAUCAAGCAAACCAACCCCAGGUCUCUCAUUAAAACCAGCCCAGUCAAUGAAUGUUCCUACACCAAAAAAUAGUGAAAGAGUUUCAGAAGCUCUUUCAGUUGUAUCUGGUUGGCUUUUUACUUUUAUAAUCUUUAUUUCAGUUUUCCAAUUUUAGAAUUAAAUAAAACAGUGACGACUAUUGGUACAUUAAGACCAUCCUCUACC